CAAUUCUCAUCCUUAGAACUUUCUAGGCCAUUUUCCACUCUCAGUUUCUGACUUUCUGUCACUCUAUGCUCAUGGAACACUCUAGACAGUUGACCCAUUGACCCAUUUCGCUUCCUCUCUCUCCGGUAUAUGAAUGCUUAUCUCCAUCUCCUCUCGUGAUUCUACUGCGUUCAGAGAUCGGUCAUGGAUGACGAUUUCGACUUCCCGAUGUCCAGCGACGACGUUGCCGAUGACAUGGCCGCGGAUGAUGUUCCGGACGACAACCCAAUUCUCAAGGUUGGGGAGGAGAAGCCGCUUGGGAAGACUGGGAUCAAGAAGAAGCUUCUCAGGGAAGGUGAAGGUUGGGAGAAUCCUAACGUUGGAGACGAAGUAGAAGUUCAUUAUGUGGGAAGGUUGCUUGAUGGAACACAGUUCGAUUCGAGCCUUGACAGGGGCACCCCAUUCAAGUUUAAACUUGGUGAAGGCCAUGUAAUUAAAGGAUGGGAUGAAGGCAUCAAGACAAUGAAGAAAGUAGAGAAAGCUCUCUUGACCAUACCCCCAGAGCUUGCCUAUGGUGAGUCCGGGUCGCCUCCAGAUAUACCUCCCAAUGCCACUCUGCAGUUUGAAGUGGAGUUGCUCUCUUGGAUUAGUGUUAAGGACAUAUGCAAGGAUGGUGGGAUAUUUAAAAAGAUCCUUACUAAAGGAGAGGGGUGGCAAAAUCCCAAAGAUAUUGAUGAAGUGUUUGUCAAAUAUGAGGCACUGCUUGAAGAUGGGGCAUUUGUCUCAAAAUCUGAUGGAGUAGAAUUCACUGUUAAAGAUGGCUAUUUUUGCCCUGCUUUGGCAAAAGCUGUUAAAACAAUGAAGAAGGGAGAAAAAGUCCUGUUGACUGUAAAGCCUCAAUAUGCAUUUAGAGAAAUGGGCAGGCAAGCCACUGCUGAGGAGAAUGGUGUGCCACCAAAUGCUUCCCUUAAAAUAAAUCUAGAAUUGAUCUCUUGGAAAAUUGUUUCUGAAGUGACAAAAGACAAGAAAGUAAUAAAAAAAAUUCUGAAGGAAGGAGAACGGUAUGAACAUCCUAAUGAUUGUGCAGUCGUAAAAGUGAAACUGACGGGGAAGUUGCAAGAUGGAACUAUUUUUGUUAAAAAGGGGAGCGAUGAGGAACCAUUUGAAUUCAAAGUUGAUGAAGACCAAGUUAUUGAUGGACUUGACAAAGCUGUAAAAACAAUGAAGAAUGGAGAAAUUGCACUUAUAACCAUUCAACCAGAAUAUGCAUUUGGUCAGUCUGAUUCUCCACAAGAGUUGGCCACAGUUCCUGGUAAUUCAAUAGUGUACUAUGAGAUUGAGAUGGUGUCAUUUGUAAAGGAUAAGGAUUCUUGGGACAUGAGCAAUACUCAGGAGAAAAUUGAAGCUGCUAGAAUGAAAAAGGAACAAGGAAAUUCAUGGUUUAAGGCUGGAAAAUAUGAGAGAGCAUCCAAAAGAUAUGAGAAGGCUGCAAGUUUCAUUGAAUAUGAUUCUUCAUUCAAUGAUGAAGAGAAACAACAAACUAAGGUGCUGAAAGUCGCUUGUAAACUGAACAAUGCCGCAUGUAAGCUAAAGCUAAAAGACUAUGAAAAUGCUAUGACACUUUGUACUGAAGUCUUAGAGAUCGACCCUAGAAAUGUGAAAGCCCUGUACAGAAGGGCCCAAGCAUACAUGCACCUUGUUGAAUUGGAUUUGGCAGAACUUGAUAUUAAGAAGGCACUAGAAAUUGAUCCAGAUAACAGGGAUGUCAAAUUAGAGUAUAAAGUCUUGAAAGAUAAAAUUAAGGAAUAUGACAAGAAGGAUGCACAGUUCUAUGGCAACAUUAUUGCAAAGAUGAGCAAAUUGGAGGAAGGAGAAAGUGCAACUGGAAAUGCAGAUGGAUCUCCAAAAGGAACCUUCAAAUCUAGAGCAUUAUCCAGUGUUCAGGGGAAGGCAAGGUCUUGCUGGGAUGGCUUAGUAUCGGCCAUUAGGGCGGGCCUCAGGCGCUUUUCUACCCAAGCAGCUGCAACUGGGGUAUCUGAAUCUCGCAAGAACAAAUAGAAUUGCGUGCAGAACUGACUAGAAGUGUAAGUUCCAUGGAUUUUUAAGAUCAACCCUUACUGAGUUUGGUGUAAAGAUUGCCAGACUUUGAUGAUAAUAAAAAUUCCUUGUUUUUGGUGUAAA